UGACAUUUAGGUACCAUCAACUUGUUUUGAACAGCCGGUAGAUUACGUCGAAAGCUAUUUUUAUCAACAAGUAUUUUAAUAACCAAUCUUUGUUUGUUUUUUAACAUACAAUAAAAUGGAAACUGUUCAAGACGUGUCUCUAAUAAUUGAUGGUGUAGUUUUUAAAGCUAAAAAAGAAGUACUUUGCGAAUAUAGUGACUAUUUUCGUGCUAUGUUCAGUGGUAAUUACAUUGAGAAAGAGCAGCACGAAAUAAUUAUAGAUAUGCUGAACCCUGAUUUAAUGGCCAUCAUAUUAAAGUACAUGGACAUCGGAUUAAUAACUUUAUCAGAUCAUUCAUUAUCAACAAUUGAAGAGCUUGCCAUGGCCGCUAACUUUCUCCAAAUUACAGAGCUUAUAAAGCAAAUUGAGUAUCAUUUAGAACUAGAAUUAACACUUGAAAAUAUGAUGGACACUAUAGAAACGGCAAAAAGGGUAUCAUUCUUAAAAUUAGAACAGUAUUGCGUGAUGUAUGGCCUCUUUUCAUUCAAACAGAUGAAGCCACAGUUUAUUCCGACUGUCGAAAAAUUGUACUGGUAUUUAUCACACCCACAUUUGAACACUGAAACAGAGUUAGAUGUAUUUCAAUUUGGCCUGCAAUGGAUUAAACAUAUGGGCAAAGGACCUGAUGCGUUGAUGAUUGUACUUUGCUGCUUAGACUUCAACAGAAUCACUCAUGAGGAUUUAGAAGAAAUUACAUAUUUAUCCAAGGAAUAUGUUAAUAGUCUUCUGCAAAAAGUAGUUACUUGCCUUUACAAGUUAGCAUUCACAUCAAAGCUAUCACUGACCUCAAUCACUGAGGAAAAGUCUUCUUUAAGUGAAAAGUACACGGAGAAAGUUUAUGCUGAAGUUUUAAAUUUAGUGAAGGACAGUGUUCAACGUAAACUGGUAUUGACACCAGCUGUGCCACUCCUGCCAGCACCUGAGGCCAAAGAGGAUAAUAUAUCCACACAUUACUUAUACACUUUUACAAAGGAGGAAGGGUUCAAGAGUUUCUUAGAAGUUUCAGAGCGUAAUGUGUGGGGCUGGAGUGUCACCUCAUGGGGACCGACAAAGAUCAUUGUGGUGGGUGGUGAGCGUGGCAGAGGAACUGGAAUAUUCAUGAGGGAUGUCCAUGAAUAUGAUAUUGUUAAGAAAGAGUGGAUUAAGCAUGGAGUACAGCUGCCGCAGCGGAGGCAUGGCGGUAUCGCCAUAGUUGGAGACUCGUUGUUCAUUGUCGGUGGUGUUGGCGGCUUCAGGGUCACUUUGGACACAGCAAUUGUGUAUGACUUAAAACAGAGGUCCUUUAGGAAAAUAGCGAAAAUACCUGAUGCCAUCCAAUCCCCCGCUAUAUGCUGUCACAACAACUCAAUUUACGCUGCAGGGUAUAAACACAUAUACAAAUAUGUAGAU